ACAGGAAGAGGAACUGUCUGCACCGGGUGCCUGGCUCUGCACCGCCGGGACGGAUCCUGCCUCUUUAUCUUUGCUGGGACAGUGCCGGCUUGCAAGAGAGAUAACUGUUCCCUGCUCUCUCGGGCAGCAGCUGGAUGAGCUCUGGAUGCAAGGAGGAGGAAAGUUAACAGUGCAGCACUAAGAUGAAGCCUCCAUCUGGGCAAGGCAUAAGGCUGGCAUACCUUCUCCUGAAUUUGGCUUCCCUCUGCCGUCCCACCCCACUCUGGAAGGACCGGGACUCCUUAAUGCAGCAGGAGAAAGCCCGUCAAACUGGUGGCAAUUUGGUGCUAAGUAGACAGGAACAGCAGCUCAGUACAAAGCUUGUAAGCCUCAAGAAGAAGGAGGUUGCAACAGCCAUAGCUACAGGACAGUUUCCUCCAAGCAUGCACUUCUUUCGGGCCAAAGGCCUCAUUGAUCAAAGCACGGUGUUCAGCAUCUUGAAGCGCAUGCCAAAAGGUGCUGUCUUACACCUGCAUGACUACGCCAUCCUGAGCGUGGACUGGCUGGUAUAUAAUGCCACCUACCUCCCCGACUGCUACAUCUGCUUCACCCACACGGGCACUGUUCGGUUUCACUUUUCUAAGCCUCACCCUCCUCACCCAGUGCCAGCCCAGUGCUCCCAGUGGGUUUUGUUGGAGACUUACCGGAAACAGCUGCGCAACGUGACUGAGUUCGAUCACAGCUUGCUGAGAAACUUGACCCUGGUGACGGAUGCCCCUGAGCUGGCCUACCCUUCUCAGACUUUAAUUUGGAAAAGAUUUGAAGAAGUCUUUCUCAUUGCCUCUGGACUUAUCUGCUAUGCACCUGUGUUCAAGGCCUAUUUCUACCAGGGGCUGCUGGAACUCUAUGAAGAUAACAUACAGUAUGUCGAGAUAAGAGCUAUCCUGCCUCCGGUGUAUGAACUGGAUGGCACGCGGCACAAUAAAUCAUGGUCCGUGGCAACCUAUCGGGAAGUGACCAAGCAGUUUGUGAAGGAGCACCCUGACUUUCUUGGAGCCAAGAUUAUAUUUACAGCACACAGGAUGCUGAAUGUUUCCCAGAUUAAAGAAGCCAUCAUCACUGCCAUGGCACUCAGAGCCCACUUCCCAGACACCCUGGCAGGCUUCGACCUGGUUGGUGACGAGGAUGAAGGUCAUUCUUUGUGGGACCUGAAGGAUGCCCUGACCAUCCCGUAUUCCCUGGGGGUCAACUUGCCGUACUUUUUCCAUGCUGGGGAGACUGACUGGCAGGGCACCUCUGUAGACAAUAAUGUGCUGGAUGCAUUGCUACUGAAUACCAGCCGGAUUGGCCAUGGACUCGCCCUCAUUAAACACCCAGUAGCCAAAAGUUUGUCUCUGAAGAAGGACAUUCCUGUAGAGGUCUGUCCCAUCUCCAACCAGGUCCUGCUGUUGGUAGCUGACUUGCGGAUCCAUCCCGCAGCUGACCUCAUGGCUGAAGGACAUCCCAUUGUGAUCAGCCCUGAUGAUCCCCCCAUCUUUGGGGCAAAGGGCAUCUCCUAUGACUUCUACGAGGUGUUCAUGGCCAUUGGAGGGAUGAAUGCUGACCUGAGGACCUUAAAACAACUUGCACUCAACUCCAUAAAAUACAGUGCCAUGCUACCGGAUGAGAAAGCCAAGGCCAAAGAGGUCUGGCAGAAAAAAUGGGACCAAUUUGUGGCUGACCUCUCUGAUAGCUUCUUGAAGGACCUUUAAGGGGAAGGAGACUCAUAUCAGAAGGCAUUUGGCAAGCUAGAGCGAGCCACGAUUGUUGCUAAAAGAGAGACUGCUUCUUCCAUGUGAGCUAAGCAGAUGGAUGAACCUCAGAGUCUCACUUGGCAAUGGGCAAUUCUGGUAAGCUAGGCUUAAUGCUAAGAAUGAGCUGUCCUAUCCUGUGAAAGUCAUGGACUGGAGGUAAGAUAGAGCAGUGAGCCUUCACAGCAGCAACAAAAAGAACACCCCACCCAGAACAGUCAAAACAAUUAAAAAUCGCCAAUGACCAAAUCCUGACAUCCUUAUUCAGGAAAAACAUGCUUUCUAAUUAGAGUUAGCGGGAGCAUGCCAACAUGAGGAUUUCUGAAUUUCGCCUUAUCAUUACAAAAUGCAGACCUUGUCCGGAAACGGCUAAGACAAACAUCCAACCAUUUGGGCCACUGACCUUCAGGAGAGCAAGGACUGAAAAUGACUCUUGUUAUGUUUAACCCUGGGCCUGCUGCCAAAAUAGCACUGCUAGGUCGAAGAACCAGUCACAGGUCCUAUGCCUGCUAUUUCAGGACCUACCAUGGCUGGAAACAAGCUGAUGGAACUUGCUCCCAGAACAUUUAAGCCUGGUUGCACAACGAUCAUAAAGCCAAAAAGAGGUGCCUCGGUUGCUGACAGGUUUUGUUUUGCUUUUUUUUUUUUUUUAACUGCAAAAUCUUUUCCUGUCCUUUGGUCACAAGGAAGCCAAAACACUUUUCAGCUGAGAAAAAACACCGUGCCUUCCCAGAUCCAGCUUAAUUAAAACUGUCACCCUGCGCUGGGCCAUGUUAACACAGGCCUCUGCAUUUAUAGUAAACACCUUUUGAUUUCAGGGGGUUCCACUACCAGCCUUUGCCACCUAACUCAGAGUGCAAAUGUGCCCUUAUUCAGCCUGUCAGACAGAUUUUCACCUUGGUGGAGAACUACUCUCACACUGUGGCUAUCCACAGUGUUCACUUGGCCCUUUGUAGUUUCCAGCUCCUUGGCAAAAAGGCAUUGCAGCAGCUACACAAUAAAUAGCAUCUGGACAAGCAGAUUCCCUUUUGUAACAUCAUCAAAAAUAUCAGGAGAAGAAUAGUUGCAGGGAUAUUAAAAAAAUCUUAAUCAGCAAAAUCCUUUGGCACACGUACCC